UGAUUACAAGGGUAAUUAGAGCAAAAAAAAUAAAAAUGUACAUUUAUAUCAUUUUUGCCCUUCUCAUCAUAUUUCUUACCCAGAUGAUUUACCUUUGGAUGAACCCAGAAUGUGAAGGCAAACUUCCUCCAGGUUCCUCAGGCUUCCCUUUCAUUGGAGAGACCCUUCAAUUAUUCAUUCCAAGCUACUCCCCUGAUGUUCAUCCAUUCAUUAAGAAAAAAAUCCAAAGACACGGGUUGAUGUUCCGUACAAAUUUUGCUGGCCACAAUGUGGUGGUAUCGGCCGAUCAAGAAUUUAACUGUUAUAUUUUUCAGCAAGAAGAAAAAUUGGUUGUCCAUUGGUACCUCGAUUUGUUUGCCAAGGUUUUCGAACACCAGAAAUUUAGACCCGACGGUCUCACUAUUCAUAAGUACAUAAGGAAUUUGGUCUUAAACCAUUUUGGCUCUGAGAGUAUCAGGCAAAAACUACUUUCCGAGUUUGAAGAGAUUGCUUGCAAACACAUUCACUCAUGGUCCAUGCAAGACUCAAUUGAAGUGGAACAUGCUUCAACUGCUAUGUUUGCUGAACUUUGCGGGAAACAUCUGUAUACUCAUGGUGGUGAGAGCUCAGAAGAUUUUGCAGAUUUGUUCAUCAAUCUCAGUAGAGCUGCGAUGUCGUUUCCUUUGAACAUUCCUGGUACAACAUUUCACAAAUGUCUCAAGGACAAGGAAGAAGCAUUAGACACGGUAAGGAAAAUCGUGAUUGAAAGGAUUGCUUCGCCUCCGAACAAUCAUGGCGACAUGCUCGAUGAGAUGGUCAAGGACAUGAAGACCACCAAAUUUCUCACGCCGGAAUAUAUUGCGCAGUUCUUAUUUUCAAUGUCGUUUGCCACGUUUCAGACAAUCCCCGGCAUGCUAACGCAUGUGGUGAACUUUGUAGCACAAAAUCCGGCUGUUCUUCGAGAGUUAAUUGCUGAGCAUGAAGAAAUCCUCUCAAGAAGAGAGAAUUUUAACUCCCCAGUUACUUGGGAAGAGUAUAAAUCCAUGACCUUUACUCUUCAAGUCAGUGUUUAUACAUAA